AUGAGAAGUAUUAAAUCGGUGGUGGUUGGUGAUGGUGGUGUGGGAAAGACCUGUUUGUUGAUUUCGUAUACAACAAACACUUUCCCCAAUGAUUAUAUCCCAACAGUCUUUGACAAUUAUUCGGCAUCAGUAUUAAUUGAUGGAGAGCCCAUAAAAUUGGGGCUAUGGGAUACGGCAGGUCAGUCGGAAUACGAUAGAUUGAGACCCUUGUCCUAUCCACAAACCGAAAUCUUCCUUUGUUGUUUUUCAGUGGUAAGUCCUGAUUCAUUUCAAAACGUUAAGCAAAAAUGGAUACCGGAGAUUUUGCACCAUUCGCCAAAGGAUAUACUCAUAUUGCUAAUUGGUACUAAAAUCGAUUUGAGAGAAGACCUUCAUGUUUUGGACGAACUCGCACUUAGGAACUUGAGAGCAAUAUCUUACGAACAAGGUUGUAAGUUGGCUAAAGACGUUGGUGCCGUAAGAUAUAUGGAAUGCUCAGCGGCAACUCAAGUUGGCGUCAAGGAGAUAUUUGAUUAUGCAAUAAGAGUAGUAUUGGACCCACCAUCCCAAAAGAGUAAGGGUUAUAUUACAAGCGAUCAGGUCCCUGGUAUGGGUGUUGGUAAUGAUCCUCUUGUGAGCGAUGGCUAUGGCAACAAUAACAACAACAAUAAUAACAAUAGAAGAAGCAAUCAUAGGUCUUUCUCAAGUGGUUCAAGAGGAAUACUAGGAACAAGGAGGAGAAUACGGAAGGCAAAGAAGUGUACAAUUUUGUAG